AUGGAUGGGGGCCAGGCACUCUGCACUCCGCCUCUCCGGAUCCCUGGAUCCGAUUCUUCUGCGGCAGUCAUCGCGGCCGGUUGUGUCUGGGUCCGCGGUCGCUUGGUGCACACAGAAGGUGUGGGAAGGUUCUCGGCUGCGAGGGCAGGAGGAGUCGGGGCUCCCACACCGGAUAAAAGCCCAACCAGGUCGUCCCGGCUUGGCUGGCUUGAGAGACAGCGAAAGAACAGCAGAGCGGAGCAGUACCAGCUUCCGCCACCUCGAGGAAGUGGCACCUUGAAGAUCAACUUCUUGUUCGAAGAUGUAGGCUUCUGCACCUUCAUUACUCGUGCCCACUUUGAGGAACUGUGUUCAGACCUUUUCUGUACUCCCCUGGAGGCCGUGGAAAUGACCCCGAGCGAUGCCAAGCUGACCAAGGCCCAAACCCAUGAGGUCACCCCGGUGGGUGGUUCUACCCACAUCUCUAAGAUGGAGGAACGUCUAUAAGACUUCUUCGACGUCCAGGAGCUGAACAAGAACCAGCCUGAUGAGGCCGUGGCCCCUGGGGCUGCUGUGGUGAUGGUUGUGUUGUUGGAAGACAAAUGUGAGAAGGUGCAGGAUCUCCUCCUGCUGGAUGACGUUCCCUUGUUUGACUCUGGGGUUGGAAACGGUGAGGUGAUGACCACAUUAAUCCCACGGAGUGCCACCAUCCCUGCCAAACAGACCCAAGCUUACUCUGCCCACCAGCCUGGGGUCCUGAUCCAGGUGAAUGAGGGUGAGAGGGCUGUGACAAAGAGCAGCAAACUGUUCCGUUGCAUCCCUCCUGCUCCACGUGGAGUUCCCCAGAUGGAAGUGAAUGUUGACAUAGAUGCCAAUGGUAUCCUAAGUACUUCUGCCACCGACAGGAGUACAGGCAAGGCUAACAAGAUCACCAUCACCCACGACAAGGGCCAGCUCAGCAAGGAGGAAGUACAGAGGAUGGUUCGUGAGUCUGAACAACACAAGGCUGAGAGUGAGGUUCAGAGGGACAGAGUGGCUGCAGAAAACUUUCUGGAAGUUCGUGUCUUCCACGUAAAGAGUUGCUUGCAGGGAGACAGCCGUAGGGAAGGGAGUUCAGAAGAGGACAGAUGCAAAGGGCGAGACAAGUGUGAGGAAAUCCUGGCCUGGGUAGAGCACAACCGGGUGGCAGGCAAGGAGAGGACAUUGGUGCAGAGCUGCUGCCCCAUCUUCCGUAGGCUUUAUGCGCCGUCUGGUGUUCCUAGGGGUAACAGUACUGGGCCUCAAGCUUGCCAGGAGAGGCCUAGUACUGACCCCAUCAUUGAGGAAGUUGAUCGAUUGACCUGCCGUGAUAAGUCAUCUGUGUCUGUAAGGGCUGGACUUACGGGUGUUCUAGACUCUUCUAUAAUCCCACUUUGUAACUUCAGAGUUAAUUUUCAGCUCCGACAGCCGCCCCCAGAAUCUGUUAACUCCGCAUCCGAUCGGCGCCAACUCCUUCAAUACCAUCUCUUUAGCUCGGACAGCAAUGUCUUAGAGCGAGUGGCCCGCAGAAUCCCUCUUCUCCCUCACUGCCUCCUUUAG